AAUAUCAAAACGAUGUCGUUUAAUAACAACGAAAACACUUGAAAUACACACAAGUGCUGAAAACUCACGCUUCUUUCUCAUCGAAUCAACAAUUCAGCUAGGGCACGUUUCUCUCUUCGCGGCCUCCUCUUAGAUUGCGCCGCUACGGUUACUAGUCUUAUUGUUCAGAGAUGGCUGACGCUCAUGAUACUGAUAAGAACAUUGAGGUGUGGAAAAUCAAGAAAUUGAUCAAGGCUCUUGAAGCUGCCAGAGGAAAUGGGACGAGUAUGAUUUCUCUUAUCAUGCCCCCACGUGAUCAAAUUGCUCGUGUUACUAAGAUGCUUGGCGAUGAGUUUGGAACUGCUUCAAACAUCAAGAGUAGGGUGAAUCGACAGUCUGUGCUUGGUGCAAUCACUUCUGCUCAGCAGAGGCUUAAGCUUUAUAACAAGGUCCCUCCAAACGGGCUUGUUUUGUAUACUGGUACAAUUGUGACUGAUGAUGGUAAGGAGAAAAAGGUGACCAUUGAUUUUGAACCAUUUAGACCUAUCAACGCGUCUCUCUAUCUUUGUGACAACAAGUUUCACACUGAAGCUCUCAAUGAGCUAUUGGAAUCUGAUGACAAGUUUGGAUUUAUUGUCAUGGACGGUAAUGGCACAUUGUUCGGGACCUUGAGUGGUAAUACAAGAGAGGUGCUUCACAAGUUCAGUGUCGAUCUUCCAAAGAAACAUGGAAGAGGAGGGCAAUCUGCCCUGCGUUUUGCUCGUCUUCGCAUGGAGAAGCGUCAUAACUACGUGAGGAAGACUGCUGAGCUUGCAACCCAGUUUUAUAUCAAUCCUGCUACCAGCCAGCCUAAUGUGGCUGGAUUAAUUCUUGCUGGUUCUGCUGAUUUCAAAACUGAGCUUAGUCAGUCAGAUAUGUUUGAUCCCCGUCUUCAGGCAAAAAUACUUAAUGUUGUAGAUGUAUCUUAUGGAGGUGAGAAUGGGUUUAAUCAGGCUAUUGAACUAUCUUCUGAAAUUCUGUCCAAUGUCAAGUUCAUUCAGGAGAAACGCUUGAUUGGAAAAUACUUUGAGGAAAUCAGUCAGGAUACUGGGAAGUAUGUCUUUGGUGUUGAUGAUACACUUCAAGCUCUGGAUGCUGGAGCUGUUGAGACACUAAUUGUCUGGGAAAAUCUGGAUAUGAAUAGGUAUGUUUUAAAAAAUAGUACUACUGGUGAAGUUGUCAUUAAGCACUUCAACAAGGAGCAGGAAGCCAAGCAGAGCAAUUUUAGAGAUCCUGAAACUGCUGCUGAUUAUGAGGUUCAGGAAAAGACGUCUCUGUUGGACUGGUUUGCAAAUGAAUACAGACGGUUUGGUUGCACGCUCGAGUUUGUCACCAAUAAAUCACAAGAAGGCUCACAGUUUUGCAGGGGUUUUGGUGGGAUAGGUGGGAUCUUGCGCUACCAGCUUGAUAUGAGAACAUUUGAUGAUUUUUCUGAUGAUGGAGGCGUGUAUGAAGACGAAUAGCAAUCAAUGAAAUGCUGCCUACCACUGGUGCAGGAAAGGGAGGCCAAAGUACCUGCACUAGUAUGGGGGGCGGUAGCAUGUGCUGCUGCUGCUGCUCCUCCUCCUCCUUGUCUGUCUGCUGUGUUGCAUGGAAAGUUUGAUUGGAAAACAAGCUGCUUUACCCCAAAAGUGACAUCUGAUGUGAAUUUUAACGCCCUUGCUUGUGCACCUAUCAUUCCAUCUCCGGCAGUACAAAUUUCAGCAACAUUGCCAGCAACAGUUGGUGAGAAUAAUCUAUCAUUUCCUGCUCCUCUGCUAUCUGCUUGUAUUCACAAGGGCAAAAAGAAAGUCGUACUCCCGAGAGAACACAACCUAUUAUCAACAAAGUCUUCGUUGAACCCGUCUGUUGAUGUAGCAUAGCAAAGCUUUGACCAAGAAGCAGCUCGCUCGCCAAGUUAUCAAGGUGAAUGAGAUACUUCGAUCAAUGUAUGCUUUUCUUCAAGGAAAAUCGAGCCUUUGUAUGGCACAUCAAAGCUCGUGUCUCUGACUUACAUCCCGUGUGCCUCAGUUAUGCUUUAGGAACUUUUGCUACAUUGAACUUUGUUCUUUUUUUGUUUUAAUUGGUACUGUACUCAUGGUUUGCUUUAUUUUGGUACUGUACUUGUUGAUUGAGUGCUUAAUUGUGUGCUGUUAUGAAAACAUCAGUUUGUUAUUAUUGAAAUUAAUAAAGUAAACUUCACUUUUGAAGCUUAUAUAAAAA